AUGUCUGAUCAAGCCAUCUUAAAUUCAGUUCGUCAAGCAUUGGCAUUGGCGCGUAUCGGUGUCAAUGCAGACAAUCGCGGUGACUACACAGUUGCCAUCAGUAACUAUCGAGAAGCAUCGAAUCUUUUGAAUUCACCCGACGAUCUUUCAACUCUGAACGACGAGCACUAUCAAGCAAUGUUGGAAAAGUCAAAGCAAUAUCAAGCACGUGCCGAUGUCUUGGAAUCUUUAUUAAAUCAACAAAAUGGAGCAGCUGUCAGUUCACCGACCAAAGAGAACAUUGUGUUUGUCGAGGAGACAUUGUCGGGCGUGCCAACCGAUCCGGUGCCCGCUUUCGCAUCGUACAAACCAUUCUGGUUGAUGAGAGUACUCUCAAAGACGAUUACUACCGGUGCCUAUUUAACACCAAAAUUAUAUAUUCCAAAAUCAGUUUGGCAACAAACAGGAUGUAAAAUGUUAGCAAUUACAAUUAAAAUUCAAAGUUUAAUGGAAUUACAAGAAUCACUAUCAAAAUUAAAGGUUUAUGCUCGCGACGACAAUGCAUUGCCAUUUGAUAGAAAGAACAUCGAUGCCAUCUCCAAAGAGAUGGAUAAAGAAGAGAAAGGAUGGGCUGGUAAAGUUAAGAAACUCGGUACAUCGCUUGCAAAAGGUGCAGUAAGAUUAGCACCAUCUUCAAAAUUAGUUAUAAAUCUAUAUUGUGAUAGUACAAUGAAGAUCUAUUAUAUUUUAGUUUUAGUUAUUUUUAUAAAUGUAUCUCAAUCUGUUGAAUUGUGGAAGUACGAAGAGGAUAGAUGGAUGCUUUACGCCUACGAUAAUGAAGAUAGCAACUAUUUAAGAGUGAAAGUGGAUGUCAGUAAAGGAGAAACUAUGAGAUUUGCAAUGAUCUUCCCAGCAUCACAUACAUUAUUUAAAUAUACACUCGAUGUUAGAUCGGAUGAUUUGGAGGAAAAAAUAAACUAUGUAGAUAAUCUAGGUCAGCACUAUAAAGGAAACACUCCACAUAAAUUUGAAAAUUGUGGAAAUAACCAUUACGAAUUCAGAAUUAUCAAUAGAAAUAUCUUGUUUGAUGGUGAUUAUGUUUUCCAUAUGAAGAGAGAAGGUCAGUGCACUGAAAAAUCAACUCCUCAAAACCUUUUUUAUGUAUUGGAUUCAAAUUAA